GGUCUCGAACUCCUGGACUCGUGAUCCAUCCUCCUCAGCCUCCCAAAACGCUGGAAUUACAGGUGUAAGCCAGUGUGCCUGGCCUUAAUGUUCUGAUAUAAUACUUAGAAUGUAGGGUACCCUCAAUGAAUAUUUUUUGAGUGAAUCUUUGGGAAGAAUGAAGAUGAGGUUUAAGGGGAAAGGCAGCUGAGCUCUCUCAUUCCUCUGCCUUUGAAUUAAAUCACUGAAUUCAACACUACUGUGAGGAGGUGGAAAAGGACUAGGAACAUUGUGGAAUGAGUCAAAGUUUGAAAUGUCACUCUAACCUUCUCUUCUGGUAGGACUCAACAGUAGCCUUCCUUGAGGACCUACCUUUCCCAUUUGCUACCUGAAGUUAAUGUUUCUUGCUGGCCAAAUCAGGGACAUGCAGGCAUUAGCGGGAUGAGUGGGUGUUCCGGCAGGGAUGUGGUCAUUGACGGCCAGUGAGGGCGAGAGUACCACUGCCCACUUCUUCCUUGGAGCUGGAGAUGAGGGGCUGGGCACCCGUGGAAUAGGCAUGAGGCCAGAAGAGAGUGACAGCGAGCUCCUUGAGGACGAGGAGGAUGAAGUGCCUCCUGAACCUCAGAUCAUUGUUGGCAUCUGUGCCAUGACCAAGAAAUCCAAGUCCAAGCCAAUGACUCAAAUCCUAGAGCGACUCUGCAGAUUUGACUACCUGACUGUUAUCAUUCUGGGAGAAGAUGUAAUCCUUAAUGAACCUGUGGAAAACUGGCCAUCCUGCCACUGUCUCAUCUCUUUCCACUCCAAAGGCUUCCCUCUGGACAAAGCUGUUGCUUACUCCAAGCUUCGAAACCCCUUUCUUAUCAAUGAUCUGGCCAUGCAGUAUUACAUCCAAGAUAGGAGGGAGGUGUACCGGAUCCUGCAGGAAGAGGGUAUUGAUCUGCCUCGAUAUGCUGUGCUCAACCGUGAUCCUGCCCGGCCUGAUGAAUGCAACCUGAUAGAAGGUGAAGACCAAGUAGAGGUCAAUGGAGCUGUCUUUCCCAAGCCCUUCGUGGAGAAGCCAGUGAGUGCAGAAGACCACAAUGUUUACAUCUACUACCCCAGCUCAGCUGGAGGAGGAAGCCAGCGUCUCUUUCGUAAGAUUGGCAGCCGAAGCAGUGUUUACUCUCCUGAGAGCAGCGUCCGAAAGACGGGGUCGUACAUCUAUGAGGAAUUUAUGCCAACAGAUGGCACAGAUGUCAAGGUGUAUACAGUGGGGCCAGAUUAUGCCCAUGCUGAAGCUAGAAAGUCUCCAGCUUUGGAUGGGAAGGUUGAACGAGACAGUGAGGGGAAAGAGAUUCGAUAUCCAGUCAUGCUGACUGCCAUGGAAAAGCUGGUGGCCAGGAAAGUCUGCGUAGCUUUCAAGCAAACAGUUUGUGGGUUUGACCUUCUUCGUGCCAAUGGUCAUUCCUUUGUGUGCGAUGUCAAUGGUUUUAGUUUUGUCAAGAACUCGAUGAAAUACUAUGAUGACUGUGCCAAGAUUUUGGGGAAUACCAUAAUGCGGGAGCUUGCCCCACAGUUCCAGAUUCCGUGGUCCAUCCCCACAGAGGCUGAGGACAUUCCCAUUGUUCCUACCACAUCUGGCACUAUGAUGGAACUUCGUUGUGUCAUUGCAAUUAUUCGUCAUGGGGAUCGUACUCCCAAGCAGAAGAUGAAGAUGGAAGUGAAACACCCAAGGUUUUUUGCUCUGUUUGAAAAACAUGGUGGCUACAAGACAGGGAAAUUAAAACUCAAGCGACCUGAGCAGCUCCAGGAGGUGCUGGAUAUCACAAGGCUGUUGUUGGCUGAACUGGAGAAAGAACCAGGUGGUGAAAUCGAGGAGAAGACUGGAAAACUAGAACAGCUGAAGUCUGUAUUGGAGAUGUAUGGUCACUUCUCAGGUAUAAACCGGAAGGUACAAUUGACUUACUACCCUCAUGGAGUAAAAGCUUCUAAUGAGGGGCAAGAUCCACAGAGGGAGCCUCUGGCCCCAUCUCUGUUGCUGGUACUGAAGUGGGGUGGAGAACUCACUCCUGCUGGCCGUGUUCAGGCUGAGGAGCUGGGGCGAGCUUUUCGCUGCAUGUACCCUGGAGGACAGGGUGACUAUGCUGGCUUCCCUGGUUGUGGGCUGCUUCGUCUCCAUAGCACUUUCCGCCACGACCUCAAGAUCUAUGCCUCUGAUGAGGGUCGUGUUCAGAUGACUGCUGCUGCCUUCGCCAAGGGCCUUCUGGCUCUAGAAGGGGAGCUGACACCUAUUUUGGUGCAAAUGGUGAAGAGUGCCAACAUGAAUGGGCUGCUGGACAGCGAUGGGGAUUCUUUGAGCAGCUGCCAGCACCGGGUGAAGGCUCGGCUGCACCAUAUUUUACAGCAGGAUGCGCCCUUUGGCCCUGAGGACUACGACCAGCUGGCUCCCACCAGAAGUAUUUCCCUGCUCAACUCCAUGACUAUCAUCCAGAAUCCUGUGAAGGUCUGUGAUCAGGUAUUUGCCCUGAUCGAAAACCUCACCCACCAGAUCCGGGAACGGAUGCAGGACCCCAGGUCUGUAGACCUGCAGCUCUACCACAGUGAGACACUAGAGCUAAUGCUACAGCGUUGGAGCAAGCUGGAGCAUGACUUUCGACAGAAGAGUGGGCGCUAUGAUAUCAGUAAGAUCCCUGACAUCUAUGACUGUGUCAAGUAUGAUGUGCAGCACAAUGGGAGUCUGGGACUUCAAGGCACAGCCGAGUUGCUUCGUCUCUCUAAGGCAUUGGCUGAUGUGGUCAUUCCCCAGGAGUACGGGAUCAGCCGGGAGGAGAAACUGGAAAUUGCUGUGGGCUUCUGUCUUCCACUGUUGCGGAAGAUACUGCUUGACCUGCAGAGAACCCACGAGGAUGAGUCUGUCAACAAGCUGCAUCCCCUGUACUCCCGGGGCGUGCUCUCCCCAGGUCGCCACGUUCGAACGCGUCUCUAUUUCACCAGUGAGAGCCACGUCCACUCCCUACUCAGUGUCUUCCGUUAUGGAGGACUUCUUGAUGAGACCCAGGAUGCACAAUGGCAGCGAGCUUUGGAUUAUCUUAGUGCCAUCUCAGAGCUUAACUAUAUGACCCAGAUUGUCAUCAUGCUUUAUGAGGACAACACACAGGAUCCCUUAUCAGAGGAACGGUUCCAUGUGGAGCUACACUUCAGCCCUGGAGUGAAAGGUGGUGAGGAAGAAGGCAGUGCCCCAACUGGCUGUGGAUUCCGUCCAGCCUCUUCUGAGAAUGAGGAAAUGAAAACCAACCAAGGCAGUAUGGAGAACCUGUGUCCAGGAAAGGCAUCAGAUGAGCCAGACCGGGCAUUGCAGACUUCGCCCCAGCCUCCUGAGGGCCCUGGCCUCCCAAGGAGAUCACCCCUCAUUCGUAACCGAAAAGCUGGUUCCAUGGAGGUCAUGAACAUGCAGUGCACGGGGAACCUGGACCUCAUCCCCUUGCGGGGACGGCGCCGCAGGAGGUCGGGAGACCUCCCCCGGCCUUCCCCAGCCAUCGGCCUACAGCCCCGGGCUGUGUCCACCACUCACCUGGCAUCCUGCACACAGGUACUUUCUGAGACUUCAUCCUCAAGGCCUGGUGGCUACCGGCUCUUUUCAUCUUCACGGCCACCCACAGAAAUGAAGCAGAGUGGCUUAGAGGUGUCUGCCGGGACUGAGAUGUAAGUGAUCAGCUGAAGGGAGAAAUUGUACACCAUGUGACGGACAAAUUACCUGACUCAAGAAAGUAGUUAUGACCAUUCUGCAGCCACUCAGUGACCUUGGCUAGAAACCAAUGGCUGUGCAGUGUGGGGUAAGAGGAAAGUAAAUACCCUAGGGAUCCAGGACUUGUGCAUUUGGUGAAACGUCCGCUUCCACUACAAGGCUUUGGGAUGUCUAGUCUGUAGACUGGAGAAACGUUAAUACUGACUCACGCAGAAACGAUAUAGCUACACACUGAACUGGGGGAAGGGGUGGCUAAACCCUCUGCAAAUAGGAAGUGCCGCAAGAGCACUAGGGUGAGGAUGAGGCCCUGCGUGAGCGCAGCCUUCGGGUUUUCCUUCUCCCGAUCAGCACCGACUCCCCCGCUCUCGGCGAGGCGCCUCCAGCCCCCGGUAAUGAGAAAUGUGCCCGCCGCAGCAGGGGCCCACAGGAACGAAGGGCGCCGGCGCUGCGUAGGCCCAACAGUUCCCCGCGCCCUCGCCCCUGGCCCAGCCCGGCCCUUCUUCCCCCGUCCCGGCAGAGUGGCCUCAUCAGGGGGCGAAGAACUCCACGAGCACGAGGCCCGCAGAGCCCGUGUCGGAGACGCGACUCUCGAAGUUGUCGUUCGUGAGUUCUAGCAAGUCGGAGACAGCGGCGAGGCUGGCAGCGGUUAGAAGCAGCGCCACGCCCAGGAACAGCGCAAGGCGGCGAGGGCGCAUGGCGGCGAGACAUGGCCACUUACCACCAAGAAGGGCAGAUGCAGCUGCCCCGAGCUGAUGCCAUUCGUUCACGUCUCAUCGAUACUUUCUCUCUCAUCGAGCAUUUGCAAGGCUUGAGCCAAGCUGUGCCGCGGCACACUAUCAGGGAGUUACUCGAUCCUUCCCGCCAGAAGAAACUUAUGUUGGAAGAUCAACACCAGCUAGUGCGCUUCUCUAUAAAGCCUCAACGUGUAGGCCAGAUUUCACAUGCCCAGAGGCUGUUGAGCAAGCUUCAUGUGCGCUGCAGUCAGAGGCCACCUCUUUCUUUGUGGGCCGGAUGGGUCCUUGAGUGUAUCCUUUCACGUCACUCUUUUUUGUCCUGGCUGUUGAUGAUCUGCCUAAUGACUUAUUUUUGCUCCCCAAACUCCAUUUUCUCAUUCUCACCACUUAUGUUAUUACCCUUAUUAUUUCAGCUGCAUAAAUCAGAAAGAACUCCACUCUGUACAUUUCCUUAAGAGACAACAGGUCCUCUCUUCAAAAACUU